UGACGUCAUAGCCAGAGAAGAUGGCGGCUGUGCUGAAGGCGGAAGCGGGGCAGUGCAGGCCUCCUUGCCUUGUGUGAGGCUCCUCCUGCAUGGACUUGUCGCCAUGAGCAGCAAGGAGAUGGUUUCCACGGAGACAGAGAACAAAGGACAGAGGAAGGUGUUUCUUCCCAACAAGCUGCUGGAGUGUCUCCCUCGCUCAUCCAGCCUGCCUAACGAGCGCCUCAGGUGGAACACUAACGAGGAAAUCGCCUCCUACCUGAUAUCCUUCGACAGACAUGACGAGUGGCUCUCCUGCACCCUCAGAACCAGGCCGAAGAACGGCAGCAUCAUCCUGUACAACAGGAAGAAGGUGAAGUACAGGAAGGACGGAUACUGCUGGAAGAAAAGGAAGGAUGGAAAGACGACAAGAGAAGACCACAUGAAGCUGAAGGUCCAGGGCAUGGAGUGCCUGUAUGGUUGCUACGUCCAUUCCUCCAUCGUGCCAACAUUCCACAGACGAUGCUACUGGCUGCUGCAGAACCCAGACAUCGUGCUGGUCCACUACCUGAAUGUGCCGUCCCUGGAGGAUUCUGGGAAAUGCAGUCCGCUGCUUUGUGCAGUGGCCGACCGCCAUGACAGCGUGAGGUGGAGCCGAGACGACCUGCUGAGCCAGCUGAAGCCCAUGUUCCACAGUAUGAAGUGCUCGGUUGGGUCAGGAGAUUUCAGUAUUGAGGAGCUGGUUCAGCACAUCCUGGACCGGCAGAGAACCAAACCACAGCCGCGCACACACACCUGUCUGUGUAACACUGCCCAGGUAUCAUCAGGAGUGAACAUUCCCCACCGCUGUAACAGUACCAAGCAUCGCAUCAUUUCCCCCAAACUGCCCCCCUCUUCCUGCAGGCCGUCCGCCUCACCGCUGUCCUCUGAGCUGGGGGAGGUGGGGAGGGGAGGAGGGGGAGGAGAAGCCAAACUGCCUCACCUCCAGGCUCAGAGCAGCCCGGUCUCAUCCCCCUGCCCCUCCUCCACCUCGGCCUCUUCCCCACCUCAGUCCCAACGAGCUACCGUCACCAUGAGUAACCACAGCAGCGGCUUCUACGGAGACCGUCGCGGCAACCUGACAACUGUGGCGCUGCCACAGAAUGCAGUCAUUGUCAUGGCAACUGCCGCCAUCGCGGGGGAGGGGGGAGGGGGAGGCGUGGCAAGAGGGGAGGAGGCGAGUCUGAGGAGGAGCCUGUCAUUCACAGGCUCUGGCCAGUUGCUGCUUUCCCCCGCCCUGCCUCCUGCAGCCGUCCAGCCCACCUCCCCUUCCCCACCAGCUUCCAUCUCCUCACCUGUCCCCCCUUCCCUCCCCCCACCUCCUGUGCAGGCACCGGGCGUGGCCACCCUCUCCCUCACCCUUCUGCCCUCCCCCGUUAUUGGAGGCUUGCUCUUAACCCCAUCUUCCUCCAACACAUCCACCUCUCUCUGCUCCCCACCUCCUCCUGCUGCCACUGCCUCCACUCCGUCUCCCCCCACUUCCCCCUCACCACCGCCACCACCUCCCUCAUCCCUCCCCCCUGCCUUUGAUCCCGACUCAUUCUUGAACUCCCCCAAACAGGGCCAGACAUAUGGCGGCCCCGCUCGUCCUCCCUCCUCCUCGUCCACCCCCACCUCUGUCAUGUGCGCGUCCUCCUCCCCCUUCUCUCCCCCCUCCCUCGCUCUUUCCCUCUCUCCCACCUCCACCCCUCCCUCCUCUGUGUCCCCUCCUUCCUCGCUGUCCUCCCUCUCCUCUUCCUCUGAGGUGGACAGGAGAGACUCGGCCCUCCCUCUUUCCUCCUCUCCUUCCUCUUCCUCCUCCCCACUUUCGUCUUCACUGCCCCCCUCCCUUUCCCUAUCACUGUCUCCCACUUCCUCUGUGGCUCCGCCCCCUCUGCCACUCUGCCUGGAGCUUGGCUCUCUGGGGGAGUCGGAGGCAGGAAGGGAGGAGUGUGAAGAGGAGGUGAAGGACAGGAGAUGUGAAGAUGAUGAUGAUGAAGGCAGCGCUCCUCCCUCUAAACUCGCUCUCCUGCAGACAGGCCACACCUCUUCCAGCUUGGCACCACGGCAGCAGACAGGCAGCACUUCCGCCUCCCUGCUCUUGGUGUGUCAGAGUCCGGCGAGCCACCCUUCCCAGCCGGCCAGUCAGACUUACCGCCAGGCUGGCGAGCAGCAGCAUCCGGUGAACCCCGGGCAGCCCAGCAGUCACCUGUGUGCACCUGAAGCCCCACCCCCACCCCAGACCUCUCAUCAGCCCCCGGUGCUGCAGCAGCAGUCUUCAAUGUUUGCUAACAGUGACGCUAAUGUGAGCCCCGCCCCCACCGCCAUGGCUACUGCUAUCCAGGUUAAAGAGGAGAGGAGACGGGGCUCCGACUCUGAUGACACCUGCAUGAGCACUCAGAUGGGGGAGGAGGCGGGGCCCUGUGAACGCGGAGGAGAGGAGCUCGACAUCUCCUUCGACAGCCAGUUUCCCGACCUCAUCUCUGACCUCAUGACCGAGGAGGCCAAUCCCGUCGCAGCCGCUGUCUCCGCCUCGCCAAGCCCAGCCAUGUUCCCCGCGGGGGUCCGCUACGUCGUUCCUCCACAGCCCUCCCCUUCCUCCUCCUUCCUCCCUUUUCCUCACCCGCUGCCCGCCUCGUCCUCCACACGCCUCACCUCCAUCACCGACUUCUCCCCGGAGUGGUCGUACCCCGAGGGUGGAGUGAAGGUGCUGAUAACGGGGCCGUGGAGCGAGCCGUCGGGUCGGUACUCCUGCGUGUUCGAUCAGAGCGCCGUCCCCGCCUCGCUGAUCCAGCCCGGAGUGCUGCGCUGCUACUGCCCCGCCCACGAGGCCGGCCUGGUUUGUCUGCAGGUCCUGGAGUCCGGAGGCUCGGUUUCUUCUUCGGUCCUGUUCGAGUACAGAGCGAGGAACGCCAGCUCUCUGCCUAGCUCUCAGCUCGACUGGCUCUCACUGGACGAUAAUCAGUUCAGGAUGUCCAUCCUCGAGCGGCUGGAGCAGAUGGAGCGCAGGAUGGCAGAGAUGGCCGCCCGCGACAACAACCAGCAGCAACCGCAAAAUCAACAGCAGCAGCAGGGCAGCCAGCUGGCCACGCCUCCUCCUCCGCCUCCACCCACGGACCACGAACAGUCUUCGCAGUGGUUUGAGAGGAGGAUUGUGGGAGUGUGUGAGCGGAUGAUGAGGGGGGGUCGGUGGGCAGGAGGAGGAGGAGAGCGGCUUCAUCACUCGGUGCGUCACCGUGGCAUGACGCUGCUCCACCUGGCUGCAGCACAGGGAUACACACACCUGAUCCACACGCUGAUACACUGGAGGAAUGUAAACAGUGACAGUCUGGACCUGGAACAGGAAGUGGAUCCUCUGAACGUCGACCACUUCUCCUGCACGCCACUGAUGUGGGCGUGUGCGCUGGGCCACCAGAGGGCGGCGGAGCUCCUGUACAGCUGGAACAGUCUGGCUCUGGGGAUCCCCGAUUCGCUGGGACGCCUGCCGCUCGCCGUCGCUCGCUCCCGAGGGCACACCCGGCUGGCCGCGGCGCUGGAGGAGCUGCACACGCAGCGUGCAAUCGCUAACGUGGCGUCGAGAGACACGCACACACCGCAGCCGCCGCUGUCCCCUCUCUCCACCAGCCCAGAUACAGGUCUGAGCUCCUCCAGCAGUCUCCCCUCCCCCAGCGACCCCUCCUCACCCUCCCCCAGCUCCGCCUACUCCAGCGGCCCCGCCCCCAUGGAGACGUCGCCCUCUUCCCCUUCUUCUCCCUCCUCCUCAUCCUCACUGUCUGCCUCCCCUCCCUCCCUUCCUCUCAUGUCCAUGUGGGGGGAGGAGCCAGUGAGCACAGGUUUGAACCCCGGCAGUUCCAGAGACUCCCCCCUCCACCUCAUGGACUAUGAGAGCGCCUCCCCCAGCCACGCUCAGUCGUUCGCACACUCGGCGGGGGGCCAGCGGGCGCACGUCGCGCUGGAGGAGCAGCUGCUGAGCUACAGCGAGAACGUGGAGAACGAAGGCGAGGAGGAGGCGUACCUGGAGGAGGAGGUGCUGCAGGUUGAUAUGGCAACACUAGCAGAGCAAAUCAUCGAGGCGACCCCAGAGCGAAUCAAACAGGAGGACUUCCCCAGGGGGGCGGAGUCACUGCUCAGAGAGAGGUGGGACAACCCGGCCAUACAGGACACCUGGCUGGCUACCUACCUGGAAACGGUCGACGCCCACACACACUCCCCGCCCAGGCGGGUGUGCCCCCCCUCGCCACUCAGCGCCUUGGCCCUGCAGAGGCUCCGCCCCCCCUCUUCUGCAGCAUGGGCGGAGUUCCUCAACGCCUCGGCCAACGGGAAGAUGGAGAGAGACUUCGCCCUGCUGACGCUGACGGACGGCGAGCAGAGGGAGCUCUACGAGGCCGCCAGGAUCAUCCAGAACGCCUUCAGGAGAUACAAGGGUCGGAGGUUAAAGGAGCAGCAGGACAUGGCUGCAGCCGUCAUACAGAGAUGCUACCGGAAGUACAAACAGCUAACAUGGAUAGCUCUGAAGUACGCUCUCUAUAAGAAGAUGACCCAGGCAGCCAUCCUGAUCCAGUCCAAGUUCAGGUCCUACUACGAGCAGAAGCGUUUCCAGCAGAGCCGGCGGGCCGCCGUCCUCAUCCAGCAGUACUACCGCAGCUACAAGGAGUACGAGCGGCUCAAACAGGCGCCGCGAGGCUCCGCCACCCACAACCCCAAGAUCAAGGGGUCGUUUCUGACCAAGAAACAGGACCAGGCGGCCCGGAAGAUCAUGAGGUUCCUGCGGCGCUGCAGACACAGGAUCAAAGAGCUGAAGCAGACGAGGGAGCUGGAGAGGAGAGGACUGACCACCUAAACCACUUCAGCCUCCUUCCUCCUCCCCCAGCGGAGAGAGGGACAACGGCGAGAACGAGUUCAGCAGGUUUACUCUGAUGUAAAGACGGAAACCAAACGACGGACGGAGAGAUGCCUUACCCCACGCCAACCCUAUCUAUCUAUCUAUCUAUCUAUCUAUCUAUCUAUCUAUCUAUCUAUCUAUCUAUCUAUCUAUCUAUCUAUCUAUCUAUCUAUCUAUCUAUCUAUCUAUCUAU